ACAAAAUCCUCCUUCAUCUUCUUCCACAUCGAUUCAGAAAGUUUGCUACUUCAGCAAACCCUAACUUCCCAAAUCUCCAUCCCCAAAUUUCAAUUCGAAAUUUCUAAUUGCACCAAUGAAGUCCUCAAAGAAACACUACAAGGAUAAAGUCGUUCGCCGCAAAGAGGAGAAAGCAGAGCAACCGGAGUUGCCGAAAUACAGAGACAGAGCUAAGGAGAGGAGAGAUGAUCAGAACCCUGAUUACGAGGCCAAUGAGUUGGGUUCUUUUCAUGCCGUUGCGCCGCCGGGGAAUGUUGAUCUCGGGGCAGCUGAUGUGCACAAGUUGUCAAUCGAGAAGAGCAAGUAUCUCGGAGGUGAUCUGGAACACACGCAUUUGGUGAAAGGAUUGGAUUAUGCCUUACUUACCAAAGUAAGAAGUGAGAUUGAUAAGAAGCCAGAUGUUGGAGAUGAGGCUGAUGCGAAAUCUAGAGCAUCUAAGGAAGACCAAAAAGUGUCAUUUCGAACAGCAACUGCAAAGUCAGUCUAUCAAUGGAUAGUUAAGCCCCAGACUGUUAUCAAAACCAACGAGAUGUUCCUGCCUGGUAGAUUGUCAUUUAUUUUUAACAUGGAGGGUGGAUACACUCAUGACAUUCCUACGACCUUGCAUAGGAGUAAAGCCGACUGUCCACAGCCUGAGGAAAUGGCAACUGUCAGUUUUGAUGGUGCUGUACUUGAAAAAAUUUCUGCAAGUAUGUCAUAUCUUCGUGUUGGAUCUUCUGGGAAGGCUGCCAAGAAGAAAAAGAAGGGGAAAGAUGCAAAAGUUACAGGAAAGAUUUUAGUUGGUAAUGGAUAUGCGGAAGAGGAUAAGCCCUCUAAGCCUGAUAUUGGGGUUGUGAAGAAUGAAACUAAAAGAGAGAUUUUGCCCCCACCUCCACCUCUUCCCAGGAAAACUCAUAUAGAUUCGCAAGAAAAACAAGGCCCAACUAUUGCACGAGCAGAUGAGGAUGACAUUUUUGUAGGUGAUGGUGUUGACUAUGCUAUUCCUGGUAAAGAUUUGAGCCAAAGCCCUCUCUCGGAGGACAUGGAAGAGUCUCCCAGGACCAAAGAAAAAGUUUCUUAUUUUGAUGAACCAGCUUAUGGUCCUGUCCAACCCUAUGGGCUGCCUAAUGAAUGGCAAGAAACGAAUGGAUACGAUGCGACCACACAACAACCAAUGGUUGGCCCCUACCAAGGAGACUGGCAGGAAUACCAAUAUGCUGAGCAAGUGGCUUAUCCUGAACAGUACCUCCAGCCAAAUAUAGAGGGUUACGAUGUGCAAGAAGGUCUAAUACAAGAUCCACGCUUUAUGACUCAAGAAGAGAAGGAUAGGGGUUUAGGCUCUGUGUUUAAGCGGGAUGACCAAAGACUUCAACAAUUGAGGGAGAAAGAUGCUCGAGAAAAGGAUCCCAACUUUAUCUCAGAGAGUUAUUCUGAAUGUUACCCGGGCUAUCAAGAAUAUAAUCGUGAGGUUGUUGACAGCGAUGAUGAGGAUGACUUGUCAAAAAUGGACAUGGGUGGACGAGCCAAGGGUCGUCUUCAUCGGUGGGACUUCGAGACAGAAGAAGAAUGGGCAACAUACAAUGAACAGAAGGAGGCUAUGCCUAAGGCGGCAUUCCAGUUUGGUGUGAAGAUGCAAGAUGGUAGAAAGACACGAAAGCAAAACAAGGACCAGAAGAUCAAUAAUGAUCUGAACAGGAUCAACAAGAUACUUGCUAGAAAGAAGUCAGAGAAGGAUGGGGAUGAUGAUGGUGGCCAUUACGAUGAAGAUGUACAGCCUGGCAAGAAACUUAGAGUUUAGAGCUAGGAAGUUAGGGUAACAAAUUGUAACAUGUAUUGGGUAAUUUAUACAACAUUUCAAGCUAAAUUUUGAAGGUUCUGUCCAUGUUAAGCGUGCAGCUGCAUGUUUAUAGUUCUGAUACAGGUUGUCACCUUGCUCUUC